AUGUAUGAGGGUGAUUCUCAUUACAACGUUGCCGGUAUCCUCAAUGAGCAUAUUGUCUCCACAGCCACAUGCUACUUUGAUAUACAUAACAUCAAAGAUGCAAAGGUUUCAUUCCAACAGGAGACAAAGAUAGACAGCUAUGAGUUUAAUAGCGAGAAGUACUAUGCUAUGAAUCGACUCUUUGACGUUCCCGAAUGGGACAUAGACAGUGGUACUUUCCCGGAGGCUCUACAGAAUAUAGGAUCUAUUCCGAUUUCACGGAGUGGACAGCUACUUACUUGGCCAAAUACCGUGCGGUUCAAGGCUGAGCCUUUCAGUCUCGCAGACCCAUCUCGGCCAGGCUACCUAAGAUUUGCGACCUUGUGGUUGGUGGACCCGCAUUAUCGAAUCUGCUCAACUCGAAAUGUGCCCCCCGCAGGACCCGAGCUGGGUCGAAACAUCACAGUCAAUGGAAAACGCACAGAAGCAUGA